AUGGAUGACAAGUUUGAAACCCUGAAAUUAAAUUAUAAAAUACAUAAAUAUUCUAGUUUUUCCGCCCACUACGUUCCUGAGAACAUCUUGGUGAAUAAUCCUUCAGACCAGCUAUCUAGAUGGUUUACAGACAGUUCUACAUCAUCGCAAUUUAUUGUUUUAAAACUUGAAUCACCCUCAAUUGUUGAAACCAUAAAAUUUGGCAAAUAUAUUAAGCCUCAUGUGAGUGAUUUGAAAAAGUUUCAAGUUUAUGGUGGAACCGAUGAAUGCAACUUAUCUUUAUUAUUGACAGGGGGGUUAAGGAAAGACAAUGUAGCAGAAAUCUUCCGAUUGCGACAUAGGACAACCGAAGGCUUGUAUCUACCUGUAAAAUACAUAAAAAUAGUGCCAUUACAAUCGUGGGGGCCAGUUUCAAACUACACCAUCUGGUAUGUGGAACUUGAGGGAAAGAAACAGCCAGAACUUAUAAGCAAUGUGAUGGAAACUAUUAACAUGCGUAAAGAAGAAGAAGCAGUCCGCAUACUCUUGAAGCACCUCCGACGUCGAAGAUACAAAGACGCGUUUGAAGCGUUGUCCCGUGAGAGUGGAGUACAACUGGAAGGUCAUAUGCAAGCACGACUAUGGAAUGCACUCGUCGAGAAUGGAGAUUAUAAACUGGCUGAGAGAAUAUUUGAAGAAUCAGCUCGAGAUGGGGAGCUCGACUGGUACAUGUCAUGGCAACCCUACACCCCGGAAUGGCGAAAGCUUUGCGGUUGUUCUAGACAAGUAGAAGAACGGCUGUGUUGCGGCGACGCGUCUCCAGAGGUACAUUCGCGACCUCAUGAUCUGUCCUGUGUCGACAGGGACCCUCGGCCCGAGGGUGCGGAUGUGGCAUUAAAUGGAAACGAGGCGAUCGAAAACGGCUUCAUACCUUGCGGGGCCGGCACCGCGUGCGCCAACCGGCCCGGGCCUCGCGGCGGACACCAGCUGGUGGUCGACCCCAACACUGGUACGCUAUACCUCUUCGGCGGUUGGAACGGGACGGAAGACCUGGACGACCUCUGGAGUUUCGACACGAUCACGGAAAGGUGGUGUCUCCUCUGCAGGCACAGCGGCAAGCUCGGAGGCCCGUCGCCUCGCUCCUGCCACAAAAUGGUCUUCGACCCUAUCAACGAGAAACUUUACACCAUCGGAAGGUAUCUGGACAACGCUCAGCGGACGCCGGCCAAUUUGAACAGCGACCUGUACGUGUACUCCGUGCGGUCGGCCGAGUGGUCCCUGGUGAUGAGCGACACGGCGGCCACGGGCGGACCCAGGCUGGUCUUCGACCAUCAGAUGUGCAUGGACCCCGACACCAGCACCAUCUACGUGUUCGGGGGACGAGUGUUGCCGGCUAACACUGAGGAAACGGCGAGUCCGCAGUACUCGGGCCUCUACGCGUACUACAUCCGGACCUGCACGUGGCACCAACUCCUGCCCGACGACCACGACCUUCCGGCUCCGCAGCCGCGAGUCUCCCACUCCAUGCUCUUCCAUCCGAUCCAGCGCCGCUUGUACAUUUUCGCCGGGCAGCGCAACAAGGAGCAGCUGCUGGACGCGUGGUGGUACGAGGCGGGGUCGGGUCGCUGCGGGGCGCUGUGCCUGGGCUCCUGCGCCCCUCCGGCCGCCGGCUUCACGCAGAGGGCCACCGUCGACCCCGACACCGACGAGAUCUUCGUGCUCUCGGGCAUGAGCAAAGAAAAAGACCGUCGGGUGUACAACACCCUGUGGGUGCUGUCUCUGAGGAGGCUCACGUGGAGUUGCGUCUACCGGAACGAAGCGGUCACGCCCAUGGAACCCAGGCCGCGCUUCGCUCAUCAGCUGGUCUAUGACCCGGUCAGGAAGAUCCACUAUCUAUUCGGGGGAAACCCCGGCACGGCCGGAAAUCCCCGACUGCGCUUGGACGAUCUCUGGGCGUUGCGAUUGACGCGUCCCGCCCUGUCCCGAGUCGUGGGUUGCGCGCGCGCAGCCCUACGCGAACUCUGUUAUCGGGAGCUCGCGGCGGACCCGGCCGCCGCCCCCGAGGCUUUGGACUAUUUGAGACACGAGCUCAGUGACGUCAUCGACCAUAGUGAUCCCGACCAGGUGGCGAAGUUCCAGCGCCUGGCGACGGCGCUGUUCGCGGGCCGAGUGCGCGACGAGUGCGCGGCCGUGGCCCUGUCUCCGCGACGCGUCCGGGCGCUCGCUCGCCGCCGAGCCGCCGCCUGCGCCCCCGCGGACCUCGCGAGGGCUUUGGCCGCGGUGUUGGGCGUGGACGACACCGUCCCCGAAGCGACGCAACCGUUCGAAGAGGCGACUCUCCCGGACGUAGACACGUGGGACGUCGGACGGGACGACGAGGAACCGGUCCCGCCGAGCGGUCCCGGCGGGGCGUGGGACGAAAGAGCGGCCCGAAUCGGGCUGUACGAGCGGCUGGCCGCCUACUUCCGUCCCAGCACCGUGCCCCCGGCCGCCGACAUUAUGGAUCUCGUCGCUUUAUAG